UCCCUCCGUCUCUCUCUCUCUCUCCUUGGUUGUUUGUUUUGUUCGGUUAUUCGUCGUCUCUCAUCGGUCGCCUCAAGUUCGUAAGCAAGUCAAAGUUUCGUCAUGCCAUCUGAAGUAAUGGACUUAAAGGGCUUGUCAUCAUCUUCCUUCUUCUCCGAGGACGCGUUCUUUCCGAAUGAGAGGCAGGUUGGGUGUUGGAAGUCGGAUAACUUGCCAGAUAAAAAUGCCGGUAAGAAGUCACUUGCAUCAUCAUCUCUGGAAAAGUGUCAGACGGUGAAAUCCCUGGAUCACCCUGAUUUGUUUUCAACGCGAGGAAAAAAGGUGCACCCCGGCUUCAAUAGACAAGCAGUUGGGGCAGAGAGAGCCUUAAGUCAUUCCCUGAACUUAUCGAGAACUGUGAGCCUUGACUCAGUAACAAAAUCUAAUGUAAAUGUUGAGACAGCAUCUUACUAUACAGAAGGUGGCAAAGUCAAUAUGAUGGGAACACAGUAUGAGAGCAGCCUUUUCUCAAGUUCAUUGUCUGAUUUGUUUAGUAUGAAGUUGAGACUAUCGUCAAACAAUACACAAUAUGGGCAUUCUGCUGAUAGUGUUGAUUCAAACUAUGAGGAAGAGGAAAUUUUUGAAUCACUUGAAGAAAUGGAAGCCCAAACCAUUGGGAACCUUCUCCCUAAUGAUGAUGAGUUGCUUUCUGGGGUUACCGAUGGGCUUGAGUAUAAUGUUCCACUCACUGCUAGUGAUGAUAUUGAGGAGUUAGAUUUUUUUAGCAGUAGUGGAGGGAUGGAUCUGGGAGAUGACGGUUUGUCAGCUGGACAAAACUAUUCGGAUUUCCCUGGAGGAGCUAGUGGUCAGCAAUGCAAUGGUUCAGCAGUUGGAGAACACCCUUCAAGGACAUUGUUUGUGAGAAACAUAAACAGUAACAUUGAAGACUCUGAGUUGAGAACCCUGUUUGAGCAAUAUGGAGACAUCCAAACUCUUUAUACAGCCUGCAAACAUCGUGGGUUUGUCAUGAUAUCUUAUUAUGAUAUUAGAGCAGCCCGCAAUGCAAUGAAAGCACUUCAGAACAAACCAUUGAGGCGCCGGAAGCUUGACAUUCACUACUCAAUUCCAAAGGAUAAUCCUUCUGAGAAAGAUAUUAAUCAGGGCACUCUUGUUGUAUUCAACCUUGAUUCUUCUGUUUCUAACGACGAACUUCGUGAGCUUUUUGGUGUCUAUGGGGAAAUCAAAGAGAUCCGUGAAACACCAAAUAGAAUUCAUCACAAGUUUAUCGAAUUUUAUGAUGUUAGAGCGGCAGAUUCUGCUCUUAACUCCCUGAACAGGAGCGAUAUAGCAGGGAAGAGGAUUAAGCUUGAGCCAAGUCGUCCUGGAGGUGCAAAAAGGAGCUCGGGGUUAGAGCAGGAUGAUUGUAGCCUUUAUUUGCAGCAGAGUAGCCCUCCUAGUAACUCUGUUACUGGUUUUCCUGGUAAUGGAUCGGUUAUGGCAGUACACUCUGCAGCUCCGUCUUUUGAGAACAUGUUCCAUCAUGGGAUCUCAUCUAGUGUACCCAACGGCCAUUCUUCUGUGAUCAGAGUUGAAUCAGCAGUCAGUCAGUCUGGCCUCACUGAGUCCAUUCAUUCAGCAAGCCCACUGCCCCAUUCACUUCCAGAGUAUCAUAAUGGUUUGCCUACUUGUGUCAACUGCAAUCCAACAGGCAGUGUAUCUGCAAGUAUCAGUGUUAGGCCACCAGAAAGAAUUGACAACAGGCACUUUCCUAGAGUCUCAAGUGGGCACUCACUUGAACUCAAUGACAGUGCUUUUGGAUCGUUGGGUAAUGUGAACGGCAUUAAUCCUGGACAUCAUUAUGCAUGGAACAAUUCCUUUCAGCCUCAGGCUCCAGGAAUGAUGUGGUCAAGUUCACCAUCAUUUGCUAAUGGAAUCGCAGCAGUCCAUCCCUCACAGCGGACACAUGGACUUCCUAGAGCACCAUCUCAUAUGUUAAACCCAACAAUGCCCAUAAAUAACCAUCAUGUGGGUUCAGCACCAGGGGCUAAUUCAAUCUGGGACCGGAGACAAGCGUAUGCAGGGGAAUCACCCAAAGCAUCUGGAUAUCAUCCAGGCUCUAUUGGGAAUAUGAGAAUGCCAAAUAACUCACCACAUUCUUUGGACUUUGUUUCUCGUAACAUGUAUCCUCAUGUUAAUGGAAACAGCAUGGACCUGUCAAUUCCCCACAAAAAUGUAGGACACCAGGCCCAUCACCAAAGGUGCAUGAUGUAUCCCGGAAGAAGCCAGAUGGGUCCCGUUAUAAAUUCAUUUGAUCAACCUACUGAACGUCCAAGAAAUCGUAGAAAUGAAGGCAGCUCUAAUCAGGGUGACAACAAGAAACAGUACGAACUUGAUAUUGACCGCAUUAUGCGAGGGGAUGACACCCGAACAACACUUAUGAUAAAGAACAUUCCCAACAAAUAUACCUCAAAGAUGCUAUUGGCUGCAAUCGAUGAGCGCCAUCGUGGAACAUAUAAUUUCAUUUAUCUGCCAAUUGAUUUUAAGAACAAAUGCAAUGUGGGGUAUGCAUUCAUCAAUAUGACUGAUCCCAGACAAAUUGUUCCAUUGUAUCAGUCAUUCAAUGGGAAGAAGUGGGAGAAGUUUAAUAGUGAGAAGGUGGCAUCACUUGCUUAUGCUCGAAUUCAAGGCAAGUCGGCUCUGAUUGCACAUUUCCAGAACUCAAGCCUGAUGAAUGAGGAUAAGCGAUGCCGUCCCAUUCUCUUCAAUACUGAUGGCCCCAAUGCAGGUGAUCAGGUGCCUUUCCCAAUGGGUGUUAAUGUACGAACGAGACCUGGAAAGUCUCGAAACACCAGCAAUGAGGAGAACCAUGGAGGGAGCCCACCAAACUCAGGAGAUGGGGAACAUUCUUAUAAUGGAGGUUCAUCUGCAGGUUCUAAGGACUCGGACUAAGAAACCCGCUUAUUUUUUCUGGGUUACUAACCUUAUAGACUGAAGAUCUAAUUCACUUCCACCCUGAAACAAGGUAAAUAUACUUGGGUGGCUAAAGAUGUGCCAAUGAAAGUAUCUGUCCGAGGUUCUUACAAGCCUGCCUAAACUUCGGAGGACUACUGCUUAGCCAAUACUAAGCAAUUUUCGGUUUUAUUUACCAUUGUGUUUAAUUCUACAGCAGCUUAGGACAAAAACUAAAAAAAGAGAAGAAGUUUUGGAGCUUCAAAAAUUUUGGAUGGACAUAAGAGUAAUACUAUUUAAGAGGAAACAAGAAAUAUCCGUGUAUAGGAGUCACUGUGCAGAGAGGAGAUUGUUUGUUGUGGAUUGAUGAGGAUGCUUACAACUGCUCUAUCUUUUUUCCCCCAACAUUCGUUUGGGGUUAUCUGUAAUUUAGAUGUAAGAGUGAAAUUUUUUGAAAUAUCGUUGUAACUUGUAUGAGAUGUAUAUUGAUUAUCAAUAAAUCCUUUCUUUUUAUGUUUACA